UCCGGACACCUAUUUUCCCCGUACGGAAACUCCGGGACGCCGGAGAACCACAACAUUGGAGAUUCGUGCAGGACUUGCAGGCGCAUCCCAGUGGAUCCUGACAGCCAGUAUUGGUUUGCGUUCUCUUUUGAAGCGGCAGACGGUGAACCUCACGAUUGUGUGGUAGUGAUAACAGAGACUUGCUCCCCCAGACCAGAUCUGCAGGGGAAUGCCAGAGCGGAUAAGGCAGCAAAAGCUGCUGCCAAACAAACACCGACCACUCAGUGUGUUGCAGUAACUAAUGAACCUCUGACACCUACAGCUGAUCUGCAGGAACUGCAGACAAGAGCAACGGCAGAGGAAAAAGCAGUGUGGCGAAAGGCAGGCUGCACUGUCAUGGACAAAGUGUGGUAUGGACCAAGUGGCAAACCAUGCUUACCAAAGUAUCUGUUCCAUUAUUAUGCUGUGUUGACCCAUGGGCGAGACCAUGGGUCAAAGGGGAGCAUGAUGCUGAAGGUGAACAGGUACUGGUUCACAAAGGGGUUUAAUAACAUCUCUCAAAAAGUUUGCCAAAAAUGCAUUGUUUGUGCAACCAAUAAUGUGGGGAGAAGUAUUCAAAUCCCACAGGCGGCCCAUGUGCCUCCUGAGAGACCCUUUGAACAUCUGCAGAUGGAUUUCAUUGAGCUGACACCCAGUGAGGGAAAGAAAUAUUGUUUGUCCAUUGUUGACAUGCAAUCUAAAUGGGUAGAGGCCAUUCCAACGGCCAAACAGGAUUCAGCAGCAGUAGCAAAGAGUCUAAUACGAGAUAUCGUCCCACGCUGGGGUAUUCCAGAUAAGAUUUCCAGUGAUAACGGUACACCUUUCAUGAGCGCAGCAUUGAAGAGUGUAGGAGAGUAUCUUGGUAUUGAUUUAAAACAUCAUUGUGCUUAUCACCCAGCCAGCGCAGGAGCCGUGGAGAGGGAGAACAGUUCUCUGAAAAACAAGCUUGCUAAGUGUUGUGAUGAGACAGGGUUGCCCUGGACAAAAGCACUGCCCAUUGUUCUGAUGUACAUGAGAUCCAUGAUAAGAAGCAGGGGGGGUCUCAGCCCUUUUGAAAUCCUAUUUGGCAGGCCAUUGAACACUGGUAUUGGGCCAGUGAAAAGACAAAUUCCUGACACCAGCCAAUGUGAGGAUGAGAUGCUACGCUAUUGCACAAACUUGUCGUCUGUGCUUUCUGAUAUUCACAAACUGGUGAAGGAAGCCAUUCCAAAGGCUGCAGAGAGGAAACUGCAUGACUUGGAGCCUGGUGAUUGGAUCGUGGUGAAGGAUUUCAGACGGAAGAACUGGCGGGCUCGCAGGUGGAAUGGUCCCUACCAGAUCUUGCUCACCACUGAAACAGCUGUAAAGGUGGCAGAGAGAGCUACGUGGAUCCACGCCACCCACUGCAAAGUGGGACUGAGAGGCCACGGGGACGGGGUGCUGCUCGCUGUCAUCAUUGUCCUGUCAUCAGUCUCACUAAUGGAAACAUUCAAAUCACAACUAACCCCAGAAGAAGGAGGGGUUAAAAGGGAGGUGCCAUCCAUCUUCCCCAACAUCCCAGCUCAGCUGGAAGACAACGCAUGGUAUGCAACUAUACUGACGACCAGAAAAGUGACUAACCAGAGCUGCUACGCCUGUGUGCAGCUCCCCCAUGGGGUGGGGGAUUCCAUCCCAGUGAAACCCACACCAUUAAAUGUCUCUGAGACCCUAGGAGUCAUGGUGGCAUUCACCCGGGGGGUUACUCUGCAGAACAGAACAGUGAGAGACAUGGGAGCUGCACUCAAGCUAUGUAACAUCAGCAUCACCAACUACGACGGCUCCACAGCCAGGUUUUGGAACAUGAGCCAAAUAACCCAGCAAGGAAUUCAUCGGCCCAUCAUGACUACCAAUCCAACUUCCCAGGCCGGUACGGUUGGAUUCACCAGACAGUGCUACACGUCUAGAGAUCACUUCCUGGGGACUUCAGCAUGCAAACAGAUUGUCACUACAACAUGCGGCACCGGGUGGAACAAGGGAGGCCGAAGCGAAUGCAGGGGACCUCAGCCAUACAUCGCUCAGCUGAAUCUGACUGACACCACCAGCUUACACCGCCCAGGAAGCGACAAUCCCAUCGUCCUGAUGCCUACGGAGGAUGGAUUUGGAUCCCUAAGAGAGCACAUGUUUAUCAAUCCCUCAGACCGGGGUGGUGUGGCACCUGCUACCUUGCUAAGCUGAUAACAUCUGUGAACCUUCUACCCACCAUCACUCAUUUUCACACCCACUAUGCUCACUAUUACUUACCACACAGAGCACGGCGAUCCCCUACGAGAGUGUCACCGGGGGAGAAAGGAAUCAGUGGCAUCCUCCCCUGGUGGUGGACUGUGAAUAAUGCACACAAGAUAGACCACCUGGCCAUAGAUCUUGAGAACUUGACGGCACUGGUAGAGGUAGGGUUUUCCACUCUCACUCCUACCAUGCAGGGGAUCAAAAACGUGGCCCUGCAGAACAGAAUGGCUUUGGACUUGAUGCUGGCUAGUCAAGGAGGAGUUUGUCAUAUUAUUGGGACUGAUUGCUGCACCUAUGUUCCAGACAUCAUAGACAAUAUGACUCAUGUUGUUUCCCAUCUGAACGACCCGCUGCAUGAGGAGAAAAGCCUAGACUCCCAGAGUGUGGGAGGAUGGGAUAUGUGGUCAUGGCUGACUGUGGGAGGAUGGAAGAGUGUGUUGGUGAAAAUGUUGGCACCCGUGCUCCUAGUUAUUGUGCUCUUCCUCCUUUUGACCUGCUGUGUAUUCCCUGCUUCAGAUCAAUGAUUGCUACAGCAAUUAAAUCAUCUAUGGGUCAGUAUAUGAAUAUGCCAAUAGAAACUUCCAGCUCUGUUGAAUGGAUUCCACCGUUUGACAAUGAGAUGAUUUGAGGAGAAUAAAAUUGUAUGUAACCACACUGGAUUUUGAAGUAUGAUGCGAAUUUAGAAUAAAAUGCUCAUGCAUGCUCAUAUAUUACUGCUAGAGCUAUUUACCUAAUGGUUACAGUUAUAAUAAUAAUAAUAGUUCUGUUGUUUUGCUGAUUCACGCAUGCUUAUUGGUUAUAACUAACACCAAACGUUUUUUGGUGUAGUCUCUCAUUAAAUUUUUUAGUUCAUUUCUUUUUGCGUCCAUUUACAAUAAUAAUGACUGCUAAUGACAGGCUACUGAAUUGAAGGUUGCUUGAUAAGCUAAUGAUAAGUAUAUGUGGGGUUUUCUUCCUUUGACACUUGAGGUUUUCCCCACUUGUCUGGUUGUUUCCUACUUAACGUUUGCUCUUAAUUAUUUUGAUUAGCAUUUAUUUUAAGAUGAUUUUAUGCUAAAAAGGGAGGAAUUGUAAUGGCAAGAACAAACGGACUCUCUGAUAUAAUAACAUACAGAUGUUAUUAUAAUUGUUUGGCGU